AUGGCUCUUUCUCUUUCGCUCCUUGCCCAGCUUUCUCUCUGGCCUAUCCCGCAACUUGUUACACCCAGCCCCUGCUUUACGCUUAUCACCACUUCUGUACCAACGGUCGUCUCCGCCUCAUCAACUGCUCAUGAGUCAACUGUUGUGGAGGCCGAGCGAAGCGAGUCUAUGCAUCCACCAAUUACACAGACUGGUUCACUAUUGAAUAGAAAACAGCCGAACGUCAUGACAACCGUGGCUGGAGCAUCCACUUAUGCUGACCAUAAUUCUGAUCACCGUAGCUGCGGUGUGGUUUACAACACACACGUGGCGGGUGGGAACAGCGGUGGCUGCAAUGAGGCACAAAUUGAGGGUAGUCUAAGUGGUAGUCUAGCCGCACUCGGCCAGCAAGCCGCUGUGGCGGUAGCUAUGAGGCGUCUUUUCAAGGACCUACUGCAACCAUCUGGCGCUACCAGCCUUCUAUCUCCCUCUUCUCCUUCCUUUGGGUCUGGUUCCUAUGCGGCGGCAUUCCUUCCUGGCCUUGUAAACGGCACAAGUGGGUUGACAGGCUCUGAUCUUCGCCUCGUCGAGAGCCCCCUACCUCUUCACGAACAUCCAGCUCUGCCACGGCGGACGCUUCUUCAUCCGGGACAGGCUACUUUAUCGUCUAUCUCAAUCCCAACUUGCUCCGGUAAAAGGAACUCUGCAUUUGUCAGCUCGAGCACUUCACCAGUGACCGUGUUUCCCGAGGCCCCAGAUGCAAUCACUGCCCAACUGGUCAGCAUGCCU